AUGUGGUUGGUUGGUUGGUCGGUUGAUUGGUUCGUUACUUUGCUGUCCACGACCCCGGGGAUCCCUCGCCUCCGACGUUGCAAGUAUGUACUUGAAAGCGCCGCGCGCGCCGCGCAGGUGGCCGCGUCGGUGAACGCCGCCGCUCGUGCAGGUGACCGCGUCGCCGCUCGCGCCUCAUAG